AUCGCCGUACCUACAAAGAUAUCAACAUGGUUUCCUCCACGAGAAGGACGACCUCGUCUCUAUCCGCCACCACCGCCGCCGCCAUCGCGGCGGCGGCGGCGGCGCUGAUGGUGUCCGUGGCGUUCGCCACAGCGCAGUACACGCCGGCCACGCCGGCAGCGCCGGGGGCUGCAGCGGCGGGUGCGGCGGCGGGGGCGACGCCGGCGGCGCCGUACACGCCGGCCACGCCGGGGGCGGCGGGGGCGGCGCCGUCGGUGCCGGCGGGGCCGCUGGACAUCGCGCAGCUGGGGGCGAAGGGCGACGGGACGAGCGACAGCACGGCGUUCGUGCUGCAGGCGUGGAAGAACGCGUGCAACGCGACGGGGACGCAGAAGAUCGUGAUCCCGCCGGGGAACUACCUCACCGGCGCGCUCAACCUCAAGGGGCCGUGCACCAGCAGCAUCAUCCUCCGCCUCGACGGCAACCUCCUCGGCACCGGCGACCUCAACGCCUACAAGACCAACUGGAUCGAGGUGGAGCACGUCGACAACUUCGCCAUCAACGGCCACGGCAUCAUCGACGGCCAGGGCCCCCUCGUCUGGACCCACAACCAGUGCAACAAGAACUACAACUGCAAGAUCCUCCCCAAUAGCUUGGUGAUCGACUACUCGACGAACGUGACAGUGAGGGGGAUAACGCUGAAGAACAGCAAGUUCUUCCACCUCAACAUAUACGAGAGCAAGAACGUGGUGAUCGACAAGGUGACCAUCACGUCGCCGGGGGACAGCCCAAACACGGACGGCAUCCACGUCGGCGACUCCACCAACAUCACCAUCAGCUCCACCACCAUCGCCGCCGGCGACGACUGCAUCUCCAUCGGCCCCGGCACCAAGAUGGUCCGCGUCAACGGCGUCCGCUGUGGCCCCGGUCACGGCAUCUCCGUCGGCAGCCUCGGCCGGUACAAGGACGAGAAGGACGUGGAGGACAUCAUCGUCACCAACUGCACGAUAAAGGGCACCACGAACGGCCUCCGGAUCAAGUCGUACGAGGACUCCAAGUCGCAGCUGAGGGCGACCAAGUUCCUGUACGACGGCAUCACCAUGGACAACGUGAGCUACCCGAUCAUCAUCGACCAGAAGUACUGCCCCAACAACAUCUGCUCCGCGUCCGGCACGUCCAAGGUCGCCGUCACCGACAUCGUCUUCAAGAACAUCGUCGGCACGUCGGCGACGCCCGAGGCCGUCACGCUCAACUGCGCCAACAACCUGCCGUGCCAGGGCAUCCAGCUGCACAACGUCGACCUCAAGUACGCCGGCCAAGGGAACACCACCCUCUCCGUCUGCAAGAACGUCGCCGGCAAGUCCAGCAACGUCGCCAAGGAGCUCGCCUGCGUCUGAUUUUCAUCUUAUUAUACUACUCUUCCGUUUCAUAUUACAAAGUCAUUUGUUUUUUUUUAAAGCCAAUUUUUUCAAAGUUUGACCAAAGUUUUUUAAAAAAUAUAGUAGUAUUUUCAAUAUGAAAAGAACAUAUUAUCAGAAUAUAUUUCAUAUUGGAUUUAAUUAGACUAAUUUAAUAUUUUAUAUGUUGCUAUAUUUUUUUUAUAAAUUUGUUUAAACUAAAUAAAAAUUGACUAGAAAAAGUCAAACAACUUAUAAUAUGAAAUGGAGAUAGGGGGAGUAAUUGUCGUCUGAUUAUAUAGUUGUAAGUUAAUCAUCGUUCCCUCCGCUACAUUCCCCUCACUUGUAUUCUUCAUCUAAUUAUUUUCCUCUCUCUCCCUCUUCGGAUUUUUUUAAUUAUUUUCUUCUAUUUAUUUUUAUGUUUGCUUCUUCUUCGUUUGGAAUAUAUGAUUCUUGUCCUGAUUUCAUUUCAUUUA